CGACGUCGUGCCAACACUGUAUUCAAUAUGUCUAAUGAUGCUAAAGAUGACAGUUUUGAAGAAAUGGAUGAUGGUGAGGAAGAUGAGGAGGUCACUAUUAUAAACACACAGUUGCCUAGCAACUGGUUGACAGCUGACAUUUCAAUUCCAUUCCAAACUGCUGCUGAAGCAGUUAUAGCCUUUGGCACGCUUAGUGUGGACAAAGAACCAAAACGUGGCAAUGUGAGAAAAGAGAUGAAGCUUCAGGACAAUAAACUACUGGUACAUUUUGAAGCCAGUGAACCACGUCUGCUGCGAGUCAGUAUGAAUUCAUUUAUCGAUCAUUUAGUCCUCGUACAACAAACCAUUAACAAGUUUGGGCCGCCGUUAACUUGAGAGAGACAGAAGGAACAAGCGAUACAUUCUCAGAGUAAUCUCAGCCAUCUUUUAAUGAAGAACUCUGACUGCACUUGGAGCUACUAUCACUGCCGCUAACAUAAUGACAACUGCUAGACUCAUACUGCACACUUACUAAUACUACUACUACUACUAAUAAUAAUUAUACUACUACAUCUAACAUCAUCACUGCUGGCACUACUGCUGUUACUGCUACUAUCAAUAAAAUUUCUGUAUUUCUGUCAGUCUGUCUGUCAAGAUAAGUAAAAUUAUACAUACAUGCAAACUGUGUGUUCACUUACAUACAUACAUACAUAUAUAUAUAUACAUGCAAUAAUGUAUCACGCACACACAUAUAUACAUAAGUGUAUGUAUAUAUGUAUGAUUGUGUGUGUGAUGAAGGCUAGCAUGCCCAUCUCUUGAAAAUGUCUAAUAAACAUGUACUCUAUUAAAAAGUAUUGGGUAAUUCUUCAAUUUAAUGUUACUUUUAUAUAUUAACAAAAACAAACAUUAAUAUUUGUAUGUAUAUAUAUAUAUUUGUAUAUAUAUAAAUAUAUAU